GGCCAGUGGUUUAUUAUAUAGCUGACCUUCUUUAAAGCAUCCUACUCUUAAACUCCCACUAAAUUUUUCCUCUACCAUCACGUGACAAUUAUUGCCAACCACUGAAACAGUGACAUUAGUUCGAGCGUAGCAAGAGCGGUUGAAUUAAAAAGUAACUUCCACACUUCCAGUAACUUCGUUUUUGUCAGUUCUUCUAGUUUUAUACAAAGAAAAAAUAGCAACAUGAGUAAAUUCGUUGUUUUAUUGGCAUGUUUGGCAGUUGUUGGCUAUGCCUCAGCAUUAGAAUGUUAUUUCUGCGACGAUUGUCAAGGAUCUCCAAGCAGCUGGCCAAAAAGAGCUUGUGGCACUGUCCAACCCGCAGCUGGUAUGGAAUGGGCGUGUUCACGAAUUGAUUACAAAUCCAGAGCUACCUACAAAGAUGCCGUAGACAGAGGAUGCGCAGCAGUCCCAAAGGUGAAUGGAAAAUUAAACUUCAAUUGCCCAACAACCAAGGGAGAACCAAAAUCUUGUGCCGCCUGUCAACAAGACUUAUGUAACUCAGCUCCAAGCAUACAGUUCAGCUUUGUGGCACUAGCUUCUGUUGUAUUGGCUGUAAUUGUUCCAAAGUUAUUGUAACUUAAUGUAAGUGCAUGAAGUACACAAUGAAAAUACUUGCGGGUUACAAUCGAAUAAGACACACAUUUAUCUAAAGAACUCGCACAUUUUGUAAUAAUAAACAGAGAUUUACAACUUAAAAUUUUUGUAAAAUAGCAAUAUUUGAAAUAUCAUUACAUUUGUCUAUAGCCACAAAUAAUAAUAAUAGUUAAUGUAUUCUUGUUAUUGUAUUGAUUUUUUAAAGUUUAAAUAAAUAUAAUAAAUAUUGAAAUCAA